AAAUUUCACUACAUAAACCGUAAAAACGCAACGCAGCUGCAAAACAUUAAUCCUUCUCACAGAUCUAUAAUUCUCCAAAAAAAUCCCUCUUUUUUGAGUUUCAAUUUUCUCUCUCCUCAAUUUCAUCUUCAUCAAUGGAUGCCCUAGAUCAAGUUUUCGAUCCUUUGAGAGAUUUCGCUAAGGACAGCGUUCGUCUUGUUAAGCGUUGCCACAAACCCGAUCAAAAAGAGUUUACGAAGGUGGCUUUCCGUACUGCUGUUGGAUUCGUUGUAAUGGGUUUCGUGGGUUUCUUCGUCAAGCUCAUCUUUAUCCCGAUCAACAACAUUAUCGUUGGAUCUACUUAGAUUGAUUGGUCAUCUUGCUGCAAUUUUGUCUGUUAGAGAGCAACAAAUGAAGAGAGAAUGGACAUCAAAUGCUUCAAGAUUUAUUUUGACGUAUAUGUUAAUGUAGAGUAAACAAUUUCAUUAAGUAGAACUCGUUUUACAGUAAGGAUAUAUUAUGUACUUUUGCCAGGCUAUUCAGUUCCUCAAUGCCAGUUCAACUUUUAUGACCUACUUCGUAUGCUGUUACUCUGUUAGUAUCUGA